AUGGGACCCUUUCAAGGCGGAAUCUGGGAUGAAAAUCCUUUCGGUGGCCGCCACCGCAAUGGCGGUGGCUAUCGACCAAGCCAAAUUCAACGCGGUGGCUACGCAGAGCAAGAUCCGUAUGAAGGCUACGAUGUACCACCCAUGAUGGGUAGCAUGGGCGGCCAAGGUCUAAUGAUGCAUCACGCGAUGGGUAGUCCCAUGAUGGACGGCAACUCUCACUCUUACUCUUCUUACCAAGACUCCGACGGUAACACGCACGAAGAAGGCUAUGGACCUAAUGGUCCGUAUCGCAACACCAUGCGUCGGGAUCAGGGACCGCCAGGUAUGGGUAUGGACGGAGGUAUGCCACCUCGUGGGCCACCACAAGGACGACCACCACCCGGAAGUCUCCUAGGCGGCCGCCCGACAGGUCGCCCAGGAGCCUUUCGGUCCUCUUUCUGGACAGGCCCGAACCCGUUCCGUGUUAAUGGCGCUAACAGUGGUGUCAAUGGUCGCGCCGACGGUGGACAAGGCCCUCGUCCGGACGGCGCUUUCAGAAACGAAGUCGAACCCGCUGCUAUGCGACAAGACCGCGGUCUCUCGCAAGAAGCCGCAGAGGACAUGGCGUGGUUCUUACAAGAACGAACGCAGCCCAUUGGCGAUGGCAGGAUUGCGCCCCCAAAUGCCGAGUGUCCGAUUUGUCUGGAGCCACCGAGUGCGUCGCAUCUUUGCAUCCAAAUCAAGGGAAUUGAGGGGUGUAAUCACAUGAUUGGGAGGGAUUGUUUAAAGGAGAUGUUGUUGAAUCGACCCGAUGAUCAAAAGCGUUGCCCGAUCUGCAGGGCUGAGUUUCUUGGAGAGGAUGGCAUUUGGCAGGAUUCGGAGCAGUUUCAACAGCUUGCGAAUGGACAGAAUGCUGGUGGACGCGCGCCGCCCUCAAGACCCCCUCCCAGUCAUGGAGGCGGCAUUCCUCAUGGACAUGGUGGCUAUGGUGGCGGCUCUCCUGCCGGUCCUCGUAGCCCUCUUCGUGACUCUCCCGUAGGUCCACCUCCAGGCUAUGGCGGUCCUCCCCAGAUGCCUCCUAGUCGUGGGCAUGGCCCUUCCGCAGGCCCUUCAAGCUAUGGUGGACCUCCCCGUGCUGCUCCUCUUGCUACUCCACAUGCCGCUCCUGCAGGGCUUCGCAACGCGAUGCGCGGAGGGGCUAGAGUCCAUGGCGUUCGCGACGUAGGUAUAGGAACAGACGGCGAGCAAGUCGGUGGUCGUCCCACAGGCGGCAUGCAAGGUGGACCGCCGAUGAUGGACGACAGGGGGCCUUCUGCUCCACAAAGCAACUUCGACGGCCCUGGCCAACGAAUUGGUUACAUGUACCCAGACCAACGCUGGUGA